AUGCAAGUUAAGGAAGGAGGACUGACCGUGACGCUACUCGAGUUAUCAGAUGUCCUUGCGACAGUUAAGCGAGGUGAGAAGAGAACGGACACGAUCGAGAUGAUUGGAAUAAUUACCCUCAUCGUGCGCGAGGGCCGUUAUAUUGGGCUGGGUUCGAGCGGUGCAGAGAAGCACCUCGACGAAGAGAAAAGAUGUUGUCCGGAUCCGAAGGCAGAUCAUUACUUAAACUACCGUUCCGUUCUCCCCCGAUAA